AUGGCUGCAAUGUUCAGUCAAAAUCCGCUGAUGAACGGCCCAAAUUACUCCUUCAACCAAGCUCCAACGACGGCUUCUGGUAACAAGCAGCACGGCUUCUACCCAUACACUGAUAACGGCGGCUCAACUCUCGCGAUCUCGGGCAACGACUUCACCAUCAUUGCAGGCGAUACUCGAUCAACGUCCGGCUACAACAUCAACACCCGCUAUGCUCCUAAAGUCUUCAAGAUCGGCGGAACUACAGAUUCACAAGAUGACGCUACACUAGUAUUAUCUGUCGUAGGGUUUGCUGCAGAUGGACACGCAUUGAAGGAGCGCCUGGAUGCUAUCGUCAAGAUGUACAGAUACCAACACGGCAAGCCCAUGAGUGUCAAGGCAUGUGCGCAGCGAUUAUCAACCAUCCUGUACGGCAAGCGUUUCUUCCCAUACUACGUCACGGCAAUUCUAGGCGGUCUGGAUGAAGAUGGCAAGGGUGCGGUGUACUCGUAUGAUCCAGUUGGCAGCUACGAGCGUGAGCAGUGCAGAGCGGCUGGUGCGGCGGCGAGCUUGAUUAUGCCGUUCUUGGAUAACCAAGUCAACUUCAAGAACCAAUAUAUGCCAGGCAUUGGAGAGGGUCAUGCGUUGGCAGAGAGAGAGAAGAUCCCACUGCCAAGAAACGAGGUCGAGGACUUGGUCAAGGAUGCUUUCGACAGCGCAGUUGAGAGACAUAUUGAGGUUGGUGACGGCCUGCUGAUGAUGAUUAUCACGAAGGAUGGUAUUGAGGAGAUAUUCAAGCCGCUCAAGAAGGAUUAG